AUGGAAACAUCAGAUGGAUUCAUUCCCAUUGUGGCCAUUUUUUAUUCAGUAUUCCAUCCUAUCGAGGGUACUAAAAUUGUCCAUCAGUUUCCAGAAAAUUCAAUUUCGACUGGAAGGUUCUCGACAAGUAUUAGGGAUGGUGGAUUAUUUGAUUUUGACACCAUAAAGAAUUAUGUCAUACCGAAACCCCAAUUAUGUAACAGACUAAUAUCCUUGAAAAUUGACAAGUAUAAGGUCAUUGGUUAUCCUGUGAGUAUGGAGAGUUCUCAUUACGCCAGAAAUUCUUUUAAUUUUAAUUUCUGCUUCGUGUUUAGGUAUGACAUGGGAGACGUUUCUCCUUAUGAAUCUGCAAUCAAGCGAAUGGGUCAAAUGUUUCAAGUCCUAGAAGAGCAAAGUUUUAUGUUAAGUAGUUUGGACAAGGACAAUUCGUUUUUCAAAGAUAAAGUGAUUAAAAGCGGCAAGGCUUUAAUAUCGUCUUCUUUGUCUCCAGAUACUGCAGUUGGAGAAGCCUUUGAUGAGGCGGGAAAUGAGAAUCAUUUUCUCCCACAAACUGGGCAGAAUGGCACAUCAAUCAGCACUCCAGGUUUUGCAAAAACUAAAAAAAUUGCAUUGUCAUCUAUUGAAUCUUUGAUCCAACAGAUAUACCAAGACUUGAAUAAUUACUCAGAGUGUUGUAUACCAUUGGAUACCUCAAAUUCUGUGGAUAUCAAACUAUUUCCUAUAUUGCCACCUCCAAUAAAUAUCAAGGCGUAUCAGGUGCCGAUAGCAACUGUGAGGUUGAAUUCAUUAGUAGAUGUUAAUUGGGAUCCAACAAUGAUCAAAAUACUACCGUAUAUCAAUGGGCUAAAUUCGGUGAAGAAAAUAAGUGAGCUAGCUGAUGCAAACUACUUGUUAACAAAACAAUGCAUACAACAUUUAAUGCAUUACAAGUGUAUUGAAGUGAUUGAUAUUUUCCAGUUUGGUAAUGUAUAUGCUCCAACCAAUCACAUUGGGGAGUUUUUAAAGUAUGACGGGAAAAUGGCCGAAGAAUGUCAAGCUUACGUGGUCUCCGCAGAUUUCAGUAUGGAUAACACCUCACAUGUCAACACACCUAUUCAAAUACACUCGCCACACCCUGGAAAUGAUGCACAUUCACCAACAUAUAACUAUCGACCCUCUUACGGUACUUCGUCUGUUUCUCCAUACACAAAGUAUAGUUAUUUGUCAAGAUCACCAAAACCACCCAUGACUAUCGGUGCUGAUGUCAAAGUUCCUACAAAGACGACGUUGUUUUAUUUAUACCGAUCGCUUAACCAAGGCCAGACAGUUAAGGAAUGGUACUUGCAACAUAAAAAAAUACUAGGAAAUAUUGAUAUUAGACGUUUUAUUAAUUUUGGAGUUUUAAGGGGAAUAAUAUACAGAGUGUACACUUAUCCCUUACUCAAUUCAUUUACUGGAGCAAUAGAGCGAAAUGACACUGACCAAUAUGAUCAAUUGUUAAGAAAUCUCAAAAGGAAAAAACCCAAGAGAGUUGUCUCAAUUGGCCACAACGAUAAUUUGUUAAAAACAAAAGUGAACGAGCAAACUCUCAGAACUGACGUUAAAAGAAAAGUGAGUUUUGCUUAUAGCCAAAGUGAUAAGCAUGAUUUACGAAGGUUCUCUACGAAUGAUGUGAUCUUGGAGAAUGAGAGCAGUGACUACGAUGAUGAAGACGAUAGUAGCAUUGAAGAAUUCCAUGGAAAUGGUCAUAUUAUAAACAAUAGGAUUCCAAUAUCAGAACGAAAAGCCCGAGUAUCUUCAUCUUCCUAUUAUAGUGAUAUUGAAGAAGACGCAAUCGAUGAAGAAGAAUAUAGAAUUAAGGCAAACCUAUUGAAAAUGCUAAAAGGAUUUCAAUCAUUUGAUUCAAUUUGUACCGAAUUGAACAAAUCAAGAGCUGAAGUGGAACAAUUAAUUGAAAGUUUUGGUGCUGUAAAUAUAGUCAACAGUUAA